CUUCCUCAUUAUCGCACCUAUAUAUAUAUAUAUAUAUAUAUAUAUAUAUAUAUAUAGCUUAUAGAGCUUCGUGUUUAUUACAAUAAAGAAAGAAAUUGACCAACAAUGGGUUCUCUUAUGCCAGGAUGGGACUCUCCAACCUUGGAUCCUGAAUCAGCUUCAAUUGAGAGGAAUCGAUCACUCACAAAACAACAAAUUGAUGCUUACUGGAGAACAAAAGAGAAGACUGAUUGUAAAUUAUCUGAAACUAUUCAGACCCGAAAAUUGCAGGAUUCAGAGAAUUCUGGUAUGUCCUGUACAGUGGUCAAGAACCGCAUAGAGAAGCCCUUGGACAGGGAUGUUGAUGAGAAAAGUUUGAAGUUUGUGAAGAAAAGUUACUGGUGGACCAUGAGCAGCUCGGCAUUUCUGAAUGAAAGACCACUGAUUGAAGCUUCUUCCAACAACUAUGCUUCACAGUUUCACGUAGCCAACAUGAGAUAAACAAAAUUUAAAACCGGAAAUGAAAUUAGUGCUUGAUGAUCUUGCUUCAGUUGUCAUGUACAUGUAGUUGGUGUCUAUGGCUUCUUGUCACAUUUGCAAUUCUCCAUAAAAACUGUGUUUCGGGUUUAUCUGAAAGAGAGUAUUUAACUGCUUUA